UGGAUUGAGGAUCAUUGUUGUGUCUGAAGUGUCGAGCAGUGAUUGCGUGUGAACGUAUUAUGUUACCGUACAGUUCCUACGCGGCGGCUAUUCAGCAAAUUCAAAGCCUAAACCAUGAGCUAGCAUUGUUUAAUCAUCCGUCGGUGGCGGCGGCGGCGGCGGCGGCAGGUGGUCGUUAUCAUCUGCCACACGGAACGGAUCAUAGUGUCAGCACACUCGGCAGUUCGUACUUUGGGCUCAACAAUUGGUCGUUACCGUUUUCGUUCCUCAAAUCGGUCCACCGUCCCGAGAAGCCACCAUUUUCGUACAUUGCCCUGAUCGCGAUGGCCAUCAGCAGUGCACCGAACCAGCGGCUCACCCUCAGUGGCAUCUACAAGUACAUAAUGGAUAACUUUCCGUAUUAUCGUGAGAACCGCCAGGGAUGGCAAAAUUCCAUCCGCCACAAUCUGUCGUUGAACGAUUGUUUCAUCAAAGUGCCCCGUGACAAGGCUCCCACUAGCCCCAAAGGCCAGGACAGUGCUGAAGAUGGUGGUGGUGGUGCUGGUGGUGGUGCCAGUGGUGGCAAGGGCAGCUACUGGAUGCUCGAUCCGUCGGCCAACGAUAUGUUCGAGCAGGGCAACUAUCGCCGACGGAGGACUCGGCGUCAGCGUAACGCCAAGAUGAUUCUGAAUGGCCACUUCCAGGGUUCACCGUUUGCCUUUGCCUACCCACCACCGGUGGCCGGUGGUCUCGUUCCCGGGGGAAUCCCGGCCGUUGACUUCAUGAGACCAUCCGUCGCCCAUCAGCUCCAGCAAUCCAUUGGUCCCGCUAGUAGCGGUGGUGGUGGUGGUGCCGAUGGCACCGAUUUCCAUCAUCUGAUAGUGCGUAACGAUUUGCAUCAGGAGCAGCACCAGCAGCAGCAGCAACAACAGCCGCCAGGAAUGACGGGAUGUUCGGCGAUGUUAUUAUCAGGAGCUGCUGCUGCCGGCUACUAUACGACCGCCUACGGUCACGGAGCACCAGUAGGUGCGUUGAGUGUGCCUUCAUUAGCCACGGAUCCUGGCUGCGAUUACACGGGAACGGAACGACGGGACGAGGCGGUACUACGUGAUUCACCUGCGUAUGGUGAUGCGUUCGUAAAACGCGAGCGAAAUGUCAAAGUUUCCCGAAACUUUGGCUUCGAAGAUGAGGAAGAGGAAGAGAAUUCAGAGAAUGCAGAGGAUGAAGAGGACCGGACUUCCGAACACAGUUGCGGUGGCCGCACGAAGCGAAAAAGUGCGCAAACUGGAAUGAGAACGCACUGUUCACCGAACACGAGUCCUUUGGAUGCGUUCUUGUUGAGCGAACUGAAUGGGCUGCGUGUCAAAAGCUGCCAAUCGAUGGCUGCGUACUGUCUGCUGGAGACGGCAGGUUCGAACGAGCUUUCUUGUGGAGCUUUCGGUGGUGCUCAUGGGGAUUCGUUUGGCAAGGUGGAGCAUGAAGAGAGCACAACGGUGGCCACUGCACCUGCCGUGACCGAGUACUCGACCUCGACGAACGCUAGACCGGCGAUGCAUUCAACCAUACAGCAACAUGCCGGCGAUUAA